GCGCGCACCACGUGACCGCGCAUUGCUCCACACCUUCGGCUGGGCUCGGCGGGGAGGUCAUGUGACGCAGCUGAUCGUUGAACUCGGUAGCGGAGACAUGGAGGUGCCGGCUCUCAACCUCAAGGCGAUCAUCUUUGUGCACUGGCUGCUGACUAUGUUUGCUUGUAUAUAUCCUGCCUGGCUUCCAAAUGCCUAUUAUUUGUCAAACCUUUCGGUCCUGGCGAUGGGCAUCUGGGCCCUGGCUCAAAGAGACUCUGCGGACGCCAUCUUCAUGUUUAUGGUCGGACUGGCGGUCACCAUUGUAUUAGACAUUCUGCUCCUCGCCCUGUUUUACGCCAUCGCCGAGCAAGGUGCUGAGAAGUUGCUGCAACAGCGGGACCUGUUUCGAUUUAGCGGAGGAAUGGCGAUCCUUAACCUGAUACUCAAGCCCUUGUCCUGCUUCUUCGUCUACCAUAUGUACCUGGAACGAGGGGGUGAAUGUAAUAUUAAUUUAGGCUUUCUGACCGUGUCUCGGGAUCGGAGCACCUACCAAACGAUCGACCACCCGGAUACGCCGGCCGAACAAGACAAACUUCCCUCUCGUUACUGAUGGAUAACCCCUGGGUAUUAGUGUCAGCAGAAAUUUGGAGACGGCCGAGUAACCAUCUACAUUUGGGGCUUCUCUUGUGUCGGUGUAAAGCCAUUCUUAUUGCUGCUUGAAUGGAUUGAACGGGUUGUGGCGGCCAUUUUGUAGACUAAUCCAACAGUUGUCAAUGCAAAAAUGUUACAGUCUCUGUCCACCUAAACAAGCAGCGUUGCGAUAAACAUGGGAACUGCGGUCCGGUCGGGUGGAUUUACCCUUGUGUAUAUAUGUCUUCACACAAGAUGGCUGCUAUCCAUUCUAGUUAAAGGGGUACUCUGGUGGAAAAAAUAAUAAUUUUUUAUCAAC